AUGAAGGUCAUGCUUUUGGCGGCUGAUGCCCGCUCUCGGUACGACAAGAUUGGCAUUUGGCCACUCGUUGUAACAGUGACCGCGCUGCGCACAAGCAAGAAUCGUUCGAAAGGCGUCCUCGAGCUGAAGCCCCAGAACCGAGGCAAAGAAGCCAAAAUCCAAGGCAUUCAAGUGGGGACUAUUGGGAGGCUGCUGCGCAACGAAAAACCAUCCAUCCAUCGAAACGUCCUCAAAGCCGCGUUAGGAAACUUUGCCUUGAUCGACGUCACAAUUGUCACAGCCGGUCGAUUUAGCGAGUUCCUUGACGCCGGUGUGCACCUUUCGGUGAUCCUGGAAGGCAAUGAAUCUUUUUUCGUCUUGAUGUACGACGUCCCACGUGUCGCAAAAUGCGGUUUCUUGGAGGCUGUUGCCGUCACCGCCGCCAAAGGCUUCAUCUUCAUCGUCAUCGCGCUGUUCGUCGCCGUUGACGACUUUCCAUAG